AUGGCCUCGUCGCCUUCGCCAAAGCCGCAGGGCCAGGAAGGAUUCCAUCCCAACAACGAGGAAGUUUCAACCACAGACCCGAGUCAUCACGAAGGCGAGAAGGACGAGAAUAGCCAGCCGACGAAAAGUAGGGUCAAGACGGACCCGCUGGAGAUCUUCGUCGACUCUAUGCGAGAAUGCGAGAACGCGCAUCACUUCCACAUGAUCUGCAGAGACGGAGUGAUGAGAGUCAUCGAAUACCUACCCGGGCCGCCCGACCAGGUUACUCAAACAAACAUCUUCGAUGCAAAGCCCAUGUCGCCGGAACUGAUCAAGUCAUGGUUAGACAGAGGAGUGAUACCAACCUUCGGCACCAAGAACGAGCGCGACGAAAGUAUGAGAAAGAACCGCGAGGAAAGGGCGGAGUUGGAACGCAAAGUCGCGAGUGGCGAGGUCGAGCAGGAGCCAACGAUAGCCUGUAUGGCCAUCCAGAGCAACUACGACCUGAGCCCUCGUUAG